AUGGACGAAAAUACUGUUAACUAUAAUCCAAACACAGAUCCGGCGGCCAAACAGUUGGAAAACUUCAAGAAAACACAGAUUAAUCGAAAGACGGAACAGAUAACCGAUUUGUUUGGGGCUCCGAUUGGCGACAAGACUAAUAUGAUAACAGUUGGUCCGCGCGGACCCGCACUCCUUCAGGACAUCGUAUAUAUGGAUGAAGUCGCGCACUUUGAUAGGGAGAGACCGCCCGAAAGGGUAGUGCACGCCAAGGGUGCCGGUGCUUUCGGAUACUUUGAGGUGACUCGACCGGAGAUAACCAAGUACUGUAGAGCUGCCCUAUUCAACACUGUUGGCAAACGCACACCAGUGGCCGCCCGGUUCUCGACUGUGGCCCGAGAGCGAGGGUCGGCGGACACUGUGCGCGACCCGCGAGGGUUUGCCGUCAAGUUUUACACCGAAGCGGGCAAUUGGGAUCUCGUGGGCAACAAUACGCCCAUAUUCUUCAUACGCGACGCGUUUCAGUUCAUGGCAUUCAUUCACUCCCAGAAACGUAAUCCACAGACAAAUCUAAUUGACUACAACGCGCGCUGGGAUUUCUAUACCCUUAGACACGAGUGCUUACAUCAGCUCACCUUCAUGUUUGGCGACAGAGGCAUACCCGACGGACACAGGCAUAUGGAUGGCUGGGGUUCGAGCACUUAUAAACUGGUAAACGCUGACAAUCAACCGAUUUAUAAUAAGUUUUAUUGGAAAACUAAUCAAGGUGUUAAGAAUCUGUACGCCGACGAAGCCAAUAGACUUGUUGCGUCGGACCCGGACUAUGGCGUACAUGACUUAUUUGACGCGAUCGCCCGCAAAGACUACCCCUCUUGGACUCUAUAUAUACAAGUGAUGACAUACGAAGAGGCGGCCAAAUGGGAGUUCAAUCCCUUUGAUAUAACCAAGACAUGGCCUGAAGACGAGUACCCCCUCAUAGAAGUCGGACGAAUGACUUUAGACCGAAAUCAUACCAAUUAUUUCGCCGAAAUAGAACAGCUCUCGUUCUGUCCGGCGAGUCGAGUACAGGGCGUGGAGUUCAGUCCCGAUAAGUUACUUCAGGGCAGACUUUUCGCAUAUCAGGACACUGCCAGACAUCGAAUUGGACCAAACUUUCAUUUGAUUCCCGUGAAUCGUCCGAUCGCACCGGUCGUACACCCGACCCAACGCGACGGCCCAAUGAUGGUGGACAGCAAUGAGGGCAGUGCUCCCAGCUAUUACCCCAACUCCUUUCACAACGCUCGGGACAAUCCCAAAAAGUACGAUGAGUUCCGAUUCACUAUAAACACCACUGAUGUGGACAGGUAUGAGGCCAAGGAUGAGGACAAUUACACUCAGACCCGACAGUUCUACCUGUCCUUCACUGAUGACGAGCGCCAGAGACUGUUCUCCAACAUCGCGUCCGAACUGUCGCUCGUCUACACCAGUAUUCAGGAGAAGGCGUACGACAUGUUCGCCAAAGUCCACACCUCUUAUGCCGACGGAGUCAAGAGAGCCGUUCAAACGGCAGCCAAUAAUUCACUAUAA